AUGGACAAACAGCAUCAACAAUACCAAGGUCGUCCUCGUCUUCUCAGGCCGGAUCAGGACAGGCGCAACUGGACAAGCUGGUCCAAGUGUCAUCUCGAAGAAUCCGUUGCACCACCGACGCUGCUGGCUCACCUGCGUCUCCUGCGUCUGGUCCAGAGUCUGGUGAUCGUCGAGGACGAGGACCUGGAUUUUUUAUUCCUGAUCCGCUCCGAGGAGAGGUACCUGAUGUACCUGGACCUCCUGCAACAGCUCCAGCCCCCACCUCAUGCCGUCCCUCUCCCCCCUUUAGAUGUUGCAUUGAUGUGGACGGUGCAUAUGCUGGCCCCCUUUCGAUACCACGAGGAUUUGCUCAGGAGUUAUAGUCCUCACCUUCUCAACUAUGCCUUUCCAUUGGAGCGAUAUGUGGCGGCAGUAGACAUCGAGGACCCAACGACCGUUCAUGAGGCCUUCCAACCCUCCAAAGAGAUGUGGCACCAACUAUACCCCGAAGAAGAUUUUGAUCUCGACAAGGAAGACACGACUCGAAUGUUUGAUAUCCAAUGUCUUUGGUGUGGUGGGACAAACGUCAUGGACAGUUCGACAUAUAUUAAAUUCCGGAUUGACGGCAUGUCGAUUGAUUGCGCAGGGUGUGGGUCUCAGUGUUCAUUAGAGACCUUGUCGUCGAAGCGGCUUUGGGAUGGGAUUGAGGCCUAUAGAGCGAAUUCUUCUAUUCUACUCGGUGGAUCGCUACUUUCACCAUGGACGGGAACCCCAGACGUGGCCGCGGCCCAACGCGAACACCACCACCUCUUCUUCCACCCCCGAAUCCAAUUCGGGCUCGACCAAUCCGCCGCAUCCCUAAACUGCACAUGGCCAAAAGUGAUUCAAACCUUCCAGGAUCUAGGCCCCGACCAGUACUACGGCGUUCGCCCUACAACCCUGGCCAGGAUCAUGUCCUCCUACAUGGGGCUUGUCGAAGACCGGCUCUCGAUGGACCUUGUAGCGGGAGCAUUGCGACAACGGGAUUUCCAAAAGGCGAUGAUGGUUACUGGAGGACAGGCAUGGUGUCAACCACAGGUCUUGCAGCGGACGUUGGAUCGGUACAAGAAGUUUAUGCUCCUCGCCCGGGCCGAGAGUAAACAAACCGACGGCUCUCAUUCCGUCUCGGGUCCCGGGCUAGGAGCAGGACAACCAGGAAGACACGCCUUGGUCCCAACACUCGACAUCGAUCUCGCCUGGCAUACCCAUAUGCUCUCCCCGGCCCAUUACCGCCACUUCCAACUCGUCCAUUACGGUCGAGUCCUCAACCACGACGACACGGUCCAAGCAACAUCAACAAUGACCAAACAGGAUUUCGUCCGAACAGCUGAUCUGUGGCAGGAUCUGUACCAGGAGCGGUAUAGCAGUCAACAGACUUGGAGGGGUCGGUUUGUGAUAACGCCUCAGAAGAUGUGUGCCGGAGUCUGUUUCCCACCCUAUGGGGUGUAUCUGAUCUGGAAGGGUUGGAAGUCGAAACGUAAGGCCAAGAAACUGAACCGGGACAGCGGCGGAGCUAACGGCGGUAGUCUGAAGGAGAAGACAAAGAAAGAGAAGAAAGAAAAGAAAGAGGGUGGUAAGAAGGAUAAAAAGUCGUUAUGGACAAGGGCGUCAGAGGAGACUACAGUUGUCGAGGCUGACGGGACGUCUUCGAAACACCUUCAAAACGGUACCAUGGAGAAGGAUCCUGAGUUGCAGAUGGAAGAGUUGGCGAUUGGCCAGGAGGAGGAGGAGGAUCUGGAGGUGCCGGCACUGGGGUAUGAUACCAAGGGCAAGGGCAAGGUCGAGGACGAGUACCAUCAUACUAAUGGAGAGUACCAGCAUGCCAAUGGCGCCGGAAUGGGGCAGGAGCCUUCUCAACAGCAGCAGCAGCCACAACAGGGAGGUGGCGUGGGUGUAAAUGAUGCGACGAACAAGAACUUGACGCCUGCACUUGGGCUGGACGGUCGGUUGAGUAACUGGAAUGGCGACGCCACUGGACCUGAUGGGCAAGCGUCGUGUACUUCUGGCGCAUGCAUCAUGUCGCCCUGGAACGAGCUGCACGAUAUGAUGCCCUAUGUAGAUCUCCCUCCUCCUCAGCAGCAACGCGAACUCCGGAGAGAACGGACCUAA